UUUGCCCCAUUUUGAGGUAAGUUGUCUUUUAAAACUUUCCCCAUAAAAAAAGAAAAAGAAAAAAGUCUGUUUCUCGAGAAAAUUCUUUUGGGAGGGGGUUUGGUUUGUUGUAGUUGUGAUUAUGGAUGUAUCGACUGCUCUGCUACUUUUGGCGGCUAUCACAGCUUACCUACUGUGGUUCACGUUCAUCUCACGGUCUCUGCGUGGUCCACGUGUCUGGCCUCUAUUGGGCAGUCUUCCUGGCUUGAUUGAGAACUGUGACCGCUUGCAUGACUGGAUCUCCGACAACCUCCGUGCCUGCGGCGGCACGUACCAGACCUGCAUUUGUGCCGUCCCCUUCUUGGCCAAGAAACAAGGUCUCGUGACGGUCACGUGCGAUCCGAAGAAUUUGGAGCACAUCCUCAGGACCCGGUUCGACAAUUACCCCAAAGGUCCUACGUGGCAAGCCGUGUUCCAUGAUCUGCUCGGUCAGGGCAUCUUCAACUCCGACGGUGACACGUGGCUGUUCCAGAGGAGGACCGCUGCGCUGGAAUUCACGACUAGGACUCUUAAACAAGCCAUGGCUCGGUGGGUGAGUAGAGCCAUCAAGUUCCGGUUCUGCCCGAUCCUCGAAGAAGCUCAAAACAAAACCGAACCGGUCGAUCUACAAGACGUGUUGCUCCGGCUCACCUUUGAUAACAUUUGUGGUUUAGCUUUCGGAAAGGACCCGCAAACAUGCGCCCAACAGCUCCUCGAGAACAGCUUCGCUUCUGCUUUUGACCGAGCCACCGAAGCCUCCCUUCAACGGUUUAUUUUGCCCGAGGUUUUGUGGAAGAUCAAGAAAUGGCUUCGGCUUGGAUUAGAAGCCACCCUGAGCCGAAGCGUUCUCCACAUAAACCACUAUUUAUCCGACGUCAUCGUUACACGUAAGCAAGAACUGCUGAGUCAGCAAAAAGAUGGGAAUCCACACGACGAUUUGCUCUCCCGAUUCAUGAGGAAAAAAGAAUCUUACUCGGACGAGUUUCUCCAACAAGUGGCGCUCAAUUUCAUCCUAGCUGGACGUGACACGUCAUCCGUUGCUCUCUGUUGGUUUUUCUGGCUCAUCACUCAACAUCCAACCGUUGAAGACAAAAUCCUACGUGAAAUCAGCACCGUCCUGAUCGAAACACGCGGCAUCGACACAUUAACUUGGCUUGAUGAACCUUUGGGAUUCGAAGAACUUGAUCGGUUGAUAUAUUUGAAGGCUGCGUUGUCGGAAACCCUGAGGCUAUACCCGUCGGUGCCGCAGGAUUCGAAGCAUGUGGUGGCCGAUGACGUGUUUCCGGACGGAACUUUUGUUCCGGCAGGAUCGUCGGUUACGUAUUCUAUAUAUUCGGUAGGGAGAAUGAAGUCAAUAUGGGGUGACGAUUGCCUCGAGUUCCGUCCCGAAAGGUGGUUAACACUGAACGGGAAGGAGUUCAUCACGCAUGACUCUUACAAAUUCGUCGCAUUCAAUGCGGGACCAAGAAUAUGUUUGGGCAAAGGUUUGGCUUAUCUUCAAAUGAAGUCGGUUGCGGCUGCGGCGCUGUUGAGGCAUAAGCUGACGGUGGCGCCUGGGCAUAAGGUGGAGCAGAAGAUUUCGUUGACUUUGUUUAUGAAAUAUGGUCUUAAAGUAAACGUGCAUGGGAGAGAUUUGGGAGGCAUUGUUGAAAAGAUUAUGAGUGAAGAGAAUUUACAUGGUAAAUGCAACGGCGAAUGAUGGUUUUCAGGGCGGCGCGUGAGUGAGGGUGGAAAACAGAGUUCAAUUCUACUUGGAAGUGGGGGUCAUGCUGACAUGGAGGUUAAUUCAUAACUUUGGCAUAUUCUUUAUAAGCCUUUUAUUUAUUUAUUUUUGUUCGAAAAACAAUUUAAUAAUUAUUGUUUUCUUUUGUGCGGGUUAUUCUAUAACAUUCUUUUAUCAUCUUCUUUCGUUUGUGUAUAUUUCUGCACUUGUUUCUAAUAUUAUUAAAAUAAAAGUGAAUAUUAUUGAC